AAAACAUCAGAACAACGCCAAUAAAACGUAGAAUCGUAAAUCCACACGCUAAACGAGCGGUAGUGAUUGAGCUAUUUCCACCUGAACAACUGUGAUGGGACUUUUAUCUCUCACCUUCCUAACAGCUCUUGUCGGACUUGCUGCGUCGCAAAGCGCCGUAUUCAUUGGCGGAAAUGAAAGCGAAGAAAAUGUGCCACUUUGGGACAAAGUGAUCGAACUUGCGGGAGGUAAAGGUGUAGCCAAAUUUGGUAUUUUCGGAACUGCUUCGUCAGAUCCUGAAGGAUCGGCAGCCUACUAUAUUGACAUGCUCAUAAAUGUAUACGGGGCAGCAAGUGCAACCUAUAUCCCAAUCACGGAAACAAGUAACAAUGCCGACGAUCCUGCCAUGGUUGAUCUAGUAAGACAACAAACUGCAUUUUUCUUUGGCGGUGGCGAUCAACUGAGAAUUUUGAAUGCAAUUCGUCCCGCCGGCAGAGAAACACUUGUUCUAACUGCUAUGAAGGAAAUGGUAAAAGCGGGAGCAAUGGUUGGCGGUACAAGUGCGGGCGCUGCUUGUUUGAGUGACACUGUCAUGAUUACGGGAGGUUCAAGCUACGACGGGUUGAUCUAUGGAGCUUUCAGUGGAGGACCCAACUCCAAUAAUCCAGGAGACCUGUCUUACGAUGAACAUGGUGGUUUGGGAUUUUUAGCUGGCUGGGUUCCAGAUACCCAUUUCAGCGAGCGAGGUCGAGAAGCACGUCUUAUUAGGCUGCUCCAAGACUCACGGUACCGCGACAUUGGAACACCUUGGGGCUUCGGUUUAGAUGAAGAUAUGGCUCUUGUAGUUACUGAUCUCUACACAAGACCUGUUGGAAAAGUAAUUGGAACAAGUGGGGGAGUGUUUAUAGCUGAUGUAACAAAUACUGUUGUUACACCUUCGACUACUACAAACUAUGAAGGAGUAUCUGCCCAUUAUCUUACUCAAGAUGACACUAUUGACCUUACCACUGGUAACGUUACAUUUGCCAGUUGGAAAACUCCACUGAAGGGCAACGAACAGUACGCCAACGCUGAAAUCUCAAAUGACAUCUUGUCUUCAAAGCGAAGUCGUUCAUGGGCCUCUGCAGCAGCGCAAUUUUUUGACAACCAAUUAGAUGACACCGUCACCCAUUUUUCUUUUGAAAAAAACCCGACUUUUGAGGUCUCUUUUAACCGUCUGAGUGGAGCUGGUUACAGGGGGCCUCUUCCUAACGAUCCCUUAACCUUCGUUGUGUCUCACGAAAAUCUUCAAGUUGGAAUCCGGGAAACUCUUGUUGGCCUUGCUGCGUCGCAAAGCGCCGUAUUCAUUGGCGGAAAUUUAAGUGAUGGAAAUGCACCAAUUUGGGACACAGUGGUCGCGCUUGCGGGCGGAAAAGGUGUAGCCAAAUUCGGCAUUUUCACUACUGCGUCGGCAGAUCCUGAAGGAUCGGCGGCCUACUAUAUUGACAUGCUCGUGAAUGUAUACGGGGCAGCAAGUGCAACCUAUAUUCCAAUCACGGAAACAAGUAAUAAUGCCGACGAUCCUGCCAUGGUUGAUUUAGUAAGACAACAAACGGGAUUUUUCUUUGGUGGUGGCGAUCAACUGAGAAUUUUGAAUGCAAUUCGUCCCGCCGGCAGGGAAACGCUUGUUCUAGCUGCUUUAACAGAAAUGGUAAAAGCUGGAGCAACCGUUGGCGGAACAAGUGCGGGAGCUGCUUGUUUGAGCAACACUGUCAUGAUUACGGGAGGUUCAAGCUACGAUGCGUUGAUCUACGGAGCUUUUAGUGGAGGACCCAACUCGAAUAACCCAGGAGAUUUAUCUUAUGAUGAACAUGGAGGUUUAGGAUUCCUAGCUGGUUGGGUUCCCGACACCCAUUUCAGCGAACGGGGACGAGAAGCACGUCUUAUUAGGCUGCUGCAAGACACACGGUACCGCGACAUUGGGACACCUUUGGGCUUCGGCUUGGAUGAAGAUAUGGCUCUUGUUGUCACUGAUCUCUACACAAGACCUGUUGGAAAAGUAAUUGGUAUUAGUGGGGGAAUGUUUGUAGCUGAUGUCACAAAUACUAUUGUUACACCUUCGACAACUACGAACUAUGAAGGAGUAUCUGCCCAUUACCUUACUCAAGAUGACACUAUCGAUCUUACCACUGGUAACGUUACAUUCGCCAGCUGGAAAACUCCACUGAAGGGCAACGAACAGUACGCCAACGCUGAAAUCUCAAAUGACAUCUUGUCUUCAAAGCGAAGUCGUUCAUGGGCCUCUGCAGCAGCGCAGUUUUUUGACAACCAAUUAGAUGACACCGUCAUCCAUUUUUCUUUUGAAAAAAACCCGACUUUUGAAGUCACUUUUAACCGUUUAAGCGGAGCUGGUUACAGGGGACCUCUUCCAAGCGAUCCCUUGACCUUCGUUGUGUCUCACGAAAAUCUUCAAGUUGGAAUAAGGGAAAGUAUUGCUGUGUAACGGCGCCAUAAGGAUCAAAAUGAUACUGCUAAUGGUGGUUUUACAAUUUUGUUCAUGAAAUUGCUUUUUAUGCACAAUAUUUGGUUAGAAAUAUAGAAAUGGCAUUCAAA